AUGUAUUCCCCUUAUUUGUUAGGGGCUUUCCUCUUUUUGAACUGUGUUACACAAUACUAUGUUUCCGGUACCCAACUUUCCAAAAUUAUAACUGACUUGGAAGGUUUAGGCUUUACGGAUCAACUCAGGUCAGAUGAUGACUAUGCUUCUUCGUUGUACUGCCGUCCGUGUCAAAAGGUCGUCACAUAUACAGAUGUCACCAAGCUCGCAUGGCUUCUUCGUCGUCACAGCGAAACAGAGAGGCGUAAAAUGCUAUCAGGGUGGACAUUAACCGCUGAUUAUAAACCCAUCAAAACCUUUACCGGAAGUAAGUAUUCAAAUGAGUUUUCUUACUUCAGUUAGUAAUUCCCAACUGAGACAAUAUAUAAUAAUCACCUAAUGUUGCAAAUUGCUUGACGUUUUUCUUUCCCAUUGUUUAUGUGCAGAUGCGAAAAAGAUAACUUCCUUUUGGAGUUCUUCGUCAACUAAACCUACAACUAAGUCUACAGGCACUAGUGAAAAGGCGAGGAAAACCCAACUGGAUCUGCAGUCGAUGGAGAGAAAACGAAAAGCAGCGGAAGGUCUUGUAGAAGAUGAAUUGAUAAACAAGGUAAGUUAGUUUUGAAUUAUAUUUUUUUUAUUUUGAUAGUUUGACUGAUGAGGACGUUUAUAGGCAGAACGGACGCAUAUAAAAAAGUUCGGGUAACAAAGAUUUUGUUUAAAAUUCUACAUUCUACGAGGCUAUGAUAGAAUUCCCUGUGAUAACGUAAGUAGCUUAAUAGUGUCUUACAGUACUCAGUUCAAAAUCAACCUAUUUCUUUUAGGCUACAAGGAUAGCGGUAAUUGAAAAAGAAACCCACUUCGGACGCAAAUUGUCUGAUGCUCUUGUUGGGGGAGAAAAAGAAGCCCCAGCUCUCACAAACGUCGAAAUCGAAAUCCUUCAAAGCGCCAGUGAGGAAAAGAUUCGAAAAAUAGAGCAAGAUGCUGCUAAUCGUGUACAUUUAGAAACUCGUUUGGAAACUAUGAUACAAAGUUGUUUGGCUGUGAAAGUUAACACCCAACUCUAUACAGAUGUAUUUCGUCGAUGUGCUGCUGUAACGGACAUUAUCGCGGACGGCGUUUCUGUUCAGAAACAAACAGAUGACCUCGCAGUGAGAUAUGUCAACGCCCUGCUAGGCUAUACCGACUUGCAAACCUACUACAGCCAAAAAAUUGAAAGUCUGCAAAAUAAAGUGGUGAAUUUUGAAAUUGAAGUGCAAAGACUUGAGACAUUAAUUCAAAAAGGAAUCCGUAACGAUCAUGUACCAGAAGUCGCAUUAAAACUGGCUUGUUUGAUGAAAACUGAAAAACAUGGAGAAACAGAUCCUUUGAUAAAAAUUCUAACUGACUUGAUCUGUAACAGAGGAAAGGAAUCAAAAACAUGGUCCGAUGAAACUAAGUCUCUAUUCGCAAUAAUCUUAAACUACGGGGGCGCAGCUCUGGCCAAAAUUGUUAGAAUAAGAUUGGGUGGACCACACCUCUCAACGAUCUACAGGCAAAGCCGAAGCAGUUAUGUCAUUCCAACGGUCCUCACCGAUAAAUCUUUUUCGAUGGCUAGAGUCUUUUACGAAAAGAUUGGUUACACUGGGCCAUUUAUUCUUGCAAUCGAUGCUACAACUUUAAUUGCAACAUUGCGCGUAAGAGGAAAUAAAAUAAUUGGCUUAGCAACGGAGACUGAAGUUACUGUGUCGACAGCACAAGAUAUAAUUGACAUAGUGAACUCCGAGUCAUAUGAAAAAGCAAAACUGGCUAAUGCUUUCGUCUUAUCUCCUAUGGUCCAACACGCACCAAGUUUUACUCUCUGUAUAAGCCCCGUAGUGAAAGGACAGGACUACCAGACCGUAAAAGGAUGGAUGACUCAAACAAUGGAAAUGGGAUCUACCCACAAUAUCGAAAUCUUGGGGAUAGGCGCGGAUGGAGACUCAAAGUUCCGUAAGCACUAUUUUCAAGAGCACAAACGAAAUGAUGAUCUAUCAGAAGAGCAGAUUACUCUAGAUUACAAGGGCUUUGAUUUUGCAGCAAGAACAUUUCAGACGGAAGAUUGCAGAAUAUGUAAAACAAUGAUGUUUCCUGAUUGGAGGCAUAUUUUAAAAAAAUGGAGAAAUCAAUUACUAAAUGUGAAAAGAAUUUUACUAAUGGGAAGCAACAUCGCACAGAUCGAACAUUUAAUGCAAACUUAUUUGAGUUUCAAAUUGGAGUGUGGUCUGUGGAAAAGCGACGUUUAUGUCCGCGAUAAGCAGAACGUGGACGCAGCUACACGACUGUUAAAACCUGAGGCUCGUCACUACUUAAAAAUCUGGAAUGAAAAGGCCUCACUUGCAACGAGAGUGUACCUCAAGGUUGGCGAAAGUCUUUUUUUCGGCGUUCACCGAAAAGAAUUGUCCGUUCGUGAAAGGGCAAAGCGUGCAUGGCUCCCAGUAACUUUCUUAAGACUCUGGAGAGCUUGGCUUAAGAUGGAGGGAUAUCCUACUGACCAUUACUUUAUAUCAGGACAGACCUAUGACGAUGUUAUUCUGGCUGGACACUCUAUCAUUAUUUCAAUGAAACUUUAUGCAAUUUAUUAUCCGGAACUUCCUUAUGAGCCUUGGAUGUUUGGUUCCGAUUCUUGCGAGGUUUUAUUUUCAAGUUUACGUGGAUUUUGCCGCGGGAAACCAAACCUGACGUUGUUAGACUUAUUAGACUUUGCAAGGAGAAUUCAGAAGCUAAAGGAAAUGAAUCCCAAGCCCUUCAACCAGUUAAAUGAUAAAAAGUGGCCCACAGAUAUGGACGCAGAACUGACUUUGGGUUUGCAAGAAGCCGAGAAGGAGGCGAUCAAGACUGCCGAACUGUUAGGAAUGAUCGCCAGUCUAGAAAGGGCCAAUGUCGUGACAAGCACAAAAGAAGGAGGUGUUGUGUUGAUAAAUCCUACCACAGAUGUUUAUCCGUUAAGUACCGCAAAUAAACCUGACGAAAAUAACAUUUUACAAGUAGAAGACUUGCUAGAAAUUGAAAACGAUGUAUUGAUAAACGCCAUAGAUGAAAGUGAAAACGAAAUCACUACUUCUUUCAUCAAUCUUGCAGCUAAGGCAAAAGAAAACACCAUAAAUACUGAACAAUAUAAUGAAAACAUGAACGAAGAAGAGGGUGACGAAGAGUAUGACGAUGGCGCGCCCACGAAUUGUGUUUUCUAUCGUUUGGGUAGUUGCCGAUACAGAGAAAGUACGUUCCGUGCCCCAAAAGAAACUAACUGGCUUGGCUGUGAAUUUCCUGGAUGUAACAAGUGGUUUCACGAAGUAUGUUUGGGACUUAAAUUUCCGAAUGACAAAGCGCGAGAAGCGUAUACUUAUUUCUGUAAGGAUCACCCUUCGGCUGGUUACGCUUCUCAAAAGAAAGUUGUUAGCAGCACCGAAGACAAGGAUAUCCUGGAGAAGGACCCACUAUCAGCAAAUAAGCAGAAUCGUGUCAUACGUGACGAGAAUGGAAACUACAGAAUGCCGAAGAUGUCAACGUGCUACGUUGAGUUCAACGGCGUCUACUAUCACAUAGCCCAGUUCUUGUCUCUACAGCAAGGUAAACAGUAUAUGCCAGCUACCUCAAGAAAUUCACGCUGGAUGGCAGUUUCCAAGGUAAAUUAUUAUGACAGCAUUGGAAAAAUAUCGAGAUCGCAAGAAAAGGAAGACUUGAUUUGUAACUCAUUCGCGGCUUUUUGGAUGGGCAAGGAAGGACUUAUAAUUGGUAAAGUCAUCCGAAUGUAUUGCAAUCCCUGUGCAAAAAGUGCAUAUCCUAUUUUAACUUGUGAUAGUAAGGAUUCCAAGAGUAGCACAGUGACCUGUUGUGUUAAUGUAGCACCGGUAGACACUGAAACUAACACCUGGAUUUUACAAGUUAAAAACCGUUUCGUCUGGUGCCCAAUGAAAUCCCUUAUAGCCGAACUAACUCUAAUUGAACGGGAGAAUGUUUUGGAAGUAAAUGGCGAUGAUGUCAAAAAUAUAUUAGCAAUGCUGCCGCAACUUCAAGAAACAGAGAAAAGAAGACAAGAAGAGGAGUCAAAGGAGAAAGAAACUAGAAUAAGAAAAAAGAAACAAGGACCCCCAGAAGAGAUGAGUGUGGCAUUACUGAAAGAGGUUUUAAAGGAGAUGGGUGUCAGUUUUAAACACAAUUCAACAAAGGCCCAACUAAUGGAAAAAGUAAAAGAAGUCCGCGAGAGCCACAGAGAAGCAACAUAUUCUCAUGCCCACAGCAGCAAAUCAGUCCACAGUCAAAAAACCUCAGAACGCUCUCGCCAAAAUUAUUGGAAUCAGUUUAGAAAUGACACGCAUCCUCUGCCUUUGUGGAUCAUGUAU